ACCGGCAGAAUGGCAGCAUUCUGCCAACAACACUACCCACCGUUGCUCAGUAUACCAUCGUUCACUGCGGUGAAUCCAAUUAUUUCGGCGUCGCGCUCUAUUUUAAUCAACCGCGCGCUACUUGUACCACAAACACUCUCACUACCUUCACUAUGUGACGCGCUCGGUCAGAGGCGUUUUGCCUCCCGUGGUACCGAGUACCAACCCUCACAGCGAAAGCGCAAAAGAAAGCACGGCUUUCUUGCUCGGAAGAAGACCGCAACUGGUAGAAAGAUUAUAGCCAGACGACUACUCAAGGGACGCAGGUUCUUGAGUCAUUGAUGGAUGGUUCCCGCACCAGGAAACUUACAGGAUUCAUAGUGAUAUCUCGUAGGCAGACUCAAUACAAGGAAGCCGAUCCUUGCGCAUUAUGGAUGACGCCCAAAGUUCCACACUGCUCUAGUAUACGGAUGUCAUUAAUCCCGAGUCAAUUACUACGAUAGGCAUAUAGUCUAGUUGACAUCCAUAACUUUCAAUCUGUCGUGCCGUGCUAUCCUAAAUGACACCAACGCAGGCCAUGUCUUUGUAAGCUGUUGGGCUGUUCGGGCGGUAUGUAUGAGCAAUGACUUCAGUUACAUAAGCUUGGGGAGGUGAGAGCGGCGACGAAGGUGUAAAUAAGAAUCCACGUUGAAUAGAUGAAAGGAGAGCUGUUAUGGGUGUUUUGGAUGGGGACUCUUGAAGGUUCACGUUGCGCAGAGGCGUAGCUUCAAUGGAGGUGGA